GCCUCCUUCCACCCACCCUCCAUGCCUCUCCUGCGCGCCGCGAGCGCCGCCGUCAUCCGCUGCUUCCGCUGCGUCGAAGGCGUCGCGGACUAUAUCACGGGCGCGGCGGGCCCCGUGUUCGUCGUGCUUGCGUGGGUGUUGACUGGCGCCGGCGGAUUCGUGUUCUUCGAUGUCGUUGCGGGCGCGCUGUCGUGGACCGCGACGCUCUUCUUGCUCCCAGUAUACGUGCUGGUUCCGCUCAACAUGUACGGGCAGUACUACCUCGUCACGCACGUCGCGCCGGGCUUCCCCGUCGCGCGCAGCGCAAAGGACACGCGCUUCUUCUACCCCGCGCGCGGCAGCGCGCUCACCCCCGAACGGUGGGGGUGGGAGAAGCGCGGGCCAGCGCCCAUCCCCGCCGGCCCGCACCUCGGCAUGCGCGUGCGGCGGUGCCGCAAGUGCGACGGGCCGAAGCCAGAGCGCACCCACCACUGCAGCGUGUGCAAGCGUUGCGUGCUGCAGAUGGACCACCACUGUCCUUGGAUCAACGCCUGCGUCGGCCUGCACAACCAGCGCCACUUUGUGCUCUUCAUGGCCUGGAUCAGCGCGGCGUGCUGGACCGUCGCGAUCCUCGGCUACCCCCAUUUCUGGACGAGCGUGGACUCGCGGCAUCCCUGGCCGGCAUACACCCCCCGCAUCGCGUUCACGCUCAUCUGGGUGCUGUCCAUCGCGAUCGGGUUCGCGGUGCCGAUCCUCGGCGGGUGGCACGUCUACAUGGUCGCGCGCGGGGAGACGAGCAUCGAGAGCCACGACAACGACUUCCUCGAGCGCAAAGCGAAGGAGGAGGGGCUGAUAUACCUCAACCCCUACGACCAGGGCAAGCGGCGCAACCUCGAGUUCUUCUUCAACCUCGGUCCGGAGGGAUAUCCCGCUGUAACGCUGCUCUUUCCCCUUCUCGUGCCGCCAGCCACGAACGGGUGGGUGUGGCCGCACCGCACGUUCCCGUCCCCCGCGCCGCGCGUCGCGGCGCUACAUGCGCCCGAGCUUGCGCAGGGCCUUAUCGAUCCCAACGAGGGGCGCGGCGACGGCCCCGGCGGCCGAUACGUCCUCGGCGGCGGGGACGAACUCACAGACGACGAGGGCGGCGGCGGCGGGUGGUGGGAGCCCGAGUAACGGGUAUGGGAGAUACAUGCAUAGUUAGCCGCCGGGGCUGAUACAGUCUAGAGUCUAGGGAGUG